UCUCUCUCUUUGAUACGCGUCCCUUCUUCUUCUUCUUUCCAUUCUCUCUGUCUUAAAUUUUAGACAGAGAAAGUACAUCAAUGGCGUUUUUAGCUUUCCUCGGAAGGGUUUUGUUCGUCUCAGUGUUCAUUCUCUCAGCAUGGCAAGAAUUCAAUGAAUUCGGGAUUCAUGGUGGGCCGGCAGCAAAAGCUCUGAAACCUAAGUUUAAUGUGUUUUCGAAUCAUGUGAAUAGUCUGACUGGAUUAGUUGUGCCUCCAUUGGAAAUCAAAAACUUGGUUGGAGCUUCAAUAGCUUUGAAAGGAUUGGGAAGUCUUCUUUUCAUAUUUGGAAGUUCAAUUGGAGCUUAUCUGUUGUUACUUCAUCAGUUGAUAGUUACUCCAAUUUUGUUUGAUUUCUAUAACUAUGAUGCUGAAAAGGAUGAAUAUUCUCAACUCUUUGUCAAAUUCACUCAGAACCUGGCUUUGUUUGGGGCUAUUCUAUUUUUCAUUGGCAUGAAGAAUUCAAUUCCAGUAAGAUUGGCUAAGAAGAAGGUUCACAAAACCAAAACAGGCUGAAGAAAGAAGAUGAAGAUGAAGAUCUAGAUUUGUUUUUUGUUUUUUUUGGUAUGAUUUGCUUUCAAUUUAUCUCUUUAGUGUAGUAGAGAUAGACUUGAGACUCAGAAUGUGGCAGCUUUAUUUGGAAAAUUUUGAAUUCCAUCCAUGGAAGAGCAAAAUGUUGAUUGCAUUUAUCUGCCUAAAUUAUUGUUUAGUAUAGUUCAAAAAAUAUGGAAUCUUGAAUCCUGCACAUUCUAAAUCCAUCCUGUCCUUAUGAAUUUGUGGGUUUUCUU